AUGACGACGUACAUUGUAGAGGGCCGCUAUGACUGCCCUCAACUCGCUCGCUGUCAACUGUUAGCAGACCGCCUCGAAGUUCUUGUUCCCUCAGUCUCCACUAAAUUUAAACUUUUUGAACCACAGGAAUUCCGCGAGCGCCUCGCCUACGUCGCACGCAGCUUCCCGGCCCUCGACCUCUCAUCGCAUGGAGGGGCCCCUGUGGUGUAUACGGAGGGCGGGUCAUUUAUAGGCGACGAUAAGAGUUUUAUUUCUUUUGUGUGUGAAAAGUAUAAUAUAGAAGAAGAAGAGCCUGAUAUAAAAGAAGAAGAACAAGAAGCUGCUCUCUCUCGACUUAUUCAAUUUAACUCGCAGCAAUUUAAAUAUCUCAAAGAAAUCAGCAAAAACGGACAACAAAUUCAGCAACAGGCAGCAGAGCGUACAGCAGAAUUGCUUUCUAAACAUCAACACAAUAAAGAAGAGGGUCCCCCUAAGCUGCAGCUCAUUGAGGGGGAAAUACCCUCCUCUUCCUCAUCUCCUGCUGCUGCUGCUGCUGCUGCUGAUGCUGCUGCUGCUGCUGCUGCUGCUGCUGCUGAUGCUGGACUCCCCUGUGCAUUUAAAAUACCCCCGGGGGUUAAAGUAAUGAAGACAAUCGAUCAGGGAGGUAGAUACACCUUGUGGGUGUCUCCACCUCUACCUCCAGGAAGAACUGCUUGCUGCAACGAAGAGAAACAGCAGCAGCACCAGCAACAGCAACAGCAGCAGGAGCAGGAGCAACAGCAACAGCAGCAGGAGCAGGAGCAGGAGCAGCAGCAGCAACAGCAACAGCAACAGCAGCAGCAGCAACAGCAACAGCAGCAGCAGCAGCAACAGCAACAGCAACAGCAGCAACAGCAACAGCAGCAGCAACAGCAGCAGCAGCAGCAGCAACAGCAGCAGCAGCAGCAGCAGCGGACUGAAAAGAUUUCUCGUAGAUAUUUGCUGGAUGCUACAAUUCCUCGCGGGUCUUCUGCUGCUGCAUGCGACUUUCGUUUGCUGCUGCAUGAUGCGUGGCUGUCUCCUAAUCAUUUGGUGUUGGUGCCCAGAGACUGUCUCCUUCGGGUGUACAGGCAGCCUAAGAGACCCCCUUGUUUAUUGCUGCUGCUGGCAGGCGAGCGAGAGCAUACACUGCAGCAGCAGAUAUAA